AAGCGAAGUCGUUCUCGAACUCCCUCGGCGUUCCAACUAUGUCUCACGGUUCCCCUCAUCUUUAUAGCAGUCAUGUCACCACCCGUUUCUCAUCGUCUUCCUUCUUCUCCUUUUCCUCGCUUCUCCCUCGGAACAGCACAUUGAUUGCUUGGUUCGAUCGACUCCAUGGUGUUUGGGAACGAGGCGUGCUCCUCCAGCUACGGCCUGGACGCGUCGGCGGCGCCGCUGCUUCCGUCGGUGGGCGGCGGCGACCUCCGGGGUCGGCUGUCGUCGCAGCCCAAGACGUUCGCGAACGUGUUCAUCGCGAUCGUGGGCUCCGGCGUCCUGGGCCUCCCGUACGCGUUCCGGCGCACCGGGUGGGCCGCCGGCGCCCUCCUCCUCCUCGCCGUCGCCGCCCUCACCUUCCACUGCAUGAUGCUCAUCGUCCGCACCCGCCGCCGCCUCGACCUUGACGGAUCUGCCAAGAUCGCCUCCUUCGGCGACCUCGGCCUCGCCGUAUCCGGCUCCCUCGGCCGCCUGGCCGUCGAUGCCAUGAUCGUGCUUAGCCAGGCCGGGUUCUGCGUCGGUUACCUCAUCUUCAUCUCCAGCUCCCUCACCCACCUCCUCCCUCUCUCCCUCCCCUUCCUCUCCUCUAAAGCCCUCUACGUUCUGGCCAUGCUGCCCUUCCAGCUGGGCCUCAACUCCAUCCGGAGCCUCACCCUCCUCGCCCCGCUCAGCAUCUUCGCCGACGUGGUUGACCUCGGCGCCAUGGGCGUCGUCAUCGCCGAGGACGUCUCCAUCAUGGUCUCCCGCCCCCCGCCCAUCCACGCAUUCGCCGGUCCGUCCGUCCUCCUCUACGGCGCCGGCGUCGCGGUCUACGCCUUCGAGGGCAUCGGCAUGGUCCUCCCCCUCGAGGCCGAGGCUGCCGACAAGUCCAAGUUCGGGCGCACCCUCGGCCUGUCCAUGGCCUUCAUCGCCCUCCUCUACGGCCUCUUCGGCGUGCUCGGUUACGCCGCCUUCGGCGACGACACCAGGGACAUCAUCACCACCAACCUCGGCGCCGGCGUGCUCACGCUGCUCAUCCAGCUCGGCCUUUGCAUCAACCUCUUCUUCACGUUCCCGGUGAUGAUGAACCCGGUGUUCGAGGUCGCGGAGCGGUGGCUGUGUGGCAAGAGGUACUGCUGGUGGCUGCGUUGGGCGUUGGUGCUGGCGGUGAGCCUGGCGGCGACUCUGGUGCCCAACUUCGCCGACUUCCUCUCGUUGGUCGGGAGCAGUGUGUGCGUCGUCCUCGGCUUCGUGCUGCCGGCUGCGUUCCACCUCAAGGUGUUCAGCGGUGAGCUGGGCUGGGCCGAGGCCACGGCCGACAUCGCCAUCGUCGUCGUCGGCAUGGGGCUAGCUAUCUCCGGCACCUGGUCCUCUCUCAUGUCCAUCUUCAACUCUGUGCAGUCUUAAAAUUAGUAGAAUUUGGGUCAGUAAAUCCACACACACACACGCAUCAUUAAAAGAGAAAGGAAGGAAGAAGAUGUGUGGAUUGGAUCUCAACUUCUCAGAGUAUUUUAACUGAGGAGAAGAGGAGACUAAAGGAAUCUACAACAUGUAAUGUUGGUUUAUCUGCAUUCUUUUGUAGCAACAAGCUGUUUGUGUCGGGGUUUGUGUGUAAUAAGCUACACUGACUACAAGGGGGAAGAACAGUGUGUAGUAGUCAGUUCAAUCUUUCCAGAUUUUUGUUGUCGAAUUGAUAUUGUUAUUCUCAUUACAAUCAAAAUUCUCCGUAA